AUGAAGGAGUUGGUGUUUAAGAGGCAAAAUGAACUAGAAGAAAUCUACCGAGGGGUUCAUAUGGAUGUAGAUAGUGAUGUAGCGCGAGAGAUUCUCGGGAGCCUCGUAGAUUCUGGUAAUGUGGAUCUGUCUGAUCUUCUUUCAAGCAUGGAUGAUCAGAUUGCAAAAGCCAAAGAGCAAGCUCUAAGCAGGAAGGAUAUCUUGGACAAGGUGGAGAAAUGGAGAUAUGCAAUUGAGGAGGAGAAGUGGCUUGAAGAAUAUGAAAGGGAUGAAAAUCGCUAUAGUGCUGGAAGAGGAGCACACAAAAAUCUGAAACGUGCUGAAAAAGCACGGAACCUGGUCAGCAAAAUAUCAUCUAUUUGCGAGAAUUUGACUGCAAAAGUAAAAGCUUGGGAGAUGGAGAAAGGAAUUCCUUUCUUAUAUGACAAGGUUCCUGUCUUACAAAGCUUGGAAGAAUAUAGUGUGCUACGACAGGAAAAGGAAGAGGAAAAGCGAAAAUUUCGGGAGCAGAAACGGUUGCAAGAACAAUUUGCUGCAGAACAAGAAGCCCGCUUCCCCAUGGGUGUUAUGGAGAUUACGAGUCAAUCUAUGGAAUUGGAAGGUAUUGAAGUUGAUGUACAUGAUGAUACACUCACUGUGAUUCCUACACCUGGAUCUAUUGAGUCUGGUAGCACUGAAAAUAACCCAAGCCAACAUGUUAACACUGUUUGUCUUGCUGUUGGUGAGGUUAGGGCUGGGGCUGGGGCUAGGGCUAGGGAUGUGGAUGGGGGUGAUAGUGCUGGGGAUGGGGAUAGGGAUGGAAAUGGCUUGAGUGAGAAUGGACAAUAUCAAAAGAGGAAAAGGCAAAAGACUUCCAAAGUCUGGAAUGACUUUGUUUCAGUUACAAUAGGGGGGUUAAAAAAUCACAAUGCAAUUGGUGUAAGAGACUGUUUGCUGUUGGAAAAUCUAGUACUACCUCAACCCUAA